GUUUGAUGCUGAUGGUUCUGUUCGCAUCAGCGCAUGCAAAACCGGACUUGGUGGCGCAAGUAGUCCAUCUGGCUUUUCUCCGAGUUCUUCGUUGGGUGGUGAGUCGCCUCAGCUGUCUCUUGGAGGUGCUCGUGGAGACGCAGCUGAGGGCACAUCGUCUGCUGCUGAAGCAGGUUCUGGCACAGACACUACUACGUCCAGGAUUGCGCCUGCUGCUGCUCUCAACAUUGCGGACCUGCUGGACAUGGAUGUUGCAGCUUUUGAGGGCAAGCUCAAGGAGGAAGCCGCUGAGAAGAAGGAGUGGAAGCUUGGUCGUUCGACCUUUGCAGAGGAGAAGACUCCGGAUGAGAUGCGUUGGCCCCUCAACAUCGCCGAGUCCAACGAGUGCAUGAAGAUUCUGCGCAACAAGAAUCCGGACAACAUGCAGCUGACGAAUGUGGCGGAAGCUGUCAGUGCAGGAAACAUUGAGAUGGGAAUCCUGCGUGCGGAAGGUAUAUAUUUAUGAUUAUUACAAUUCUUUCAUAUACUAGCAAGUUAUGUAUUUUCUUGGGAAUAAGUGGGCAGUUUUUAUCUUAUUGAAGAAGAGGCAACACAUAUAGAAAGUUUAGAAAAUUUAGAUUGCAACCUGUUUGCAUUUUUAUACUUUCGAGCCAACGAGAUCAAUUACUAUAGCAGCACAUCAAAACCCAUAAGAAAACUACAACGAAAGUCUUACCUUCACACCUUCUUCAUUUAUCAUGAAUCACCCACCAUCUCGCCAGAUUUGUCCGAGCCAUACGACCAGCUGGCGACUUGGGUGAACAACUCUUUGUACCGUCGCGCGAAAUCUUCGAACAGCAAGGCGAUGGAAUUCUUCGACAAGUAUUGACUUAUCUUUGAUUCUGGUAGAUGAUACCAUGUCCGUACUGGUGGGGAUACAUAUCAAGUCCUUUGAUCUAGUGGCAAAAAUGCAUGGACUUUCACACUCGAGUCUUUGUCUUAUCAUCUUCUAGUACCAGUUUUCUCUUUUCGUUUCUGCAGGAACAAGCACAUCUUCGAGACCACGGCGCCCAAACUUUGCGAAGCGGCAACUGUUGUGGUGAAGCUCGGAGAAAUUGGCGGCUCGGCUGUCGAGUUGCAAGAGUCGGACGAUGAAGGUGGACCAAUGGGCCUCGGUAACCCCUCUAACUUCGAGUUUGAAGAGACCCAAGUUGCUCCGCCAGCUGAUGACCCCAGUGAGCCUGAGGGACCUCCUCAGCAGCCGGCUGUCGAUGUUGCCGAAGUGCUGUCCCGCCGUUUGACGUUCCGUGAGUUGGAGGAUAUGCGUCGUGUUCUGGCUUCCGCUGAGAUCGCUUUGUUCGACUACCAUACGCAAAAGCUGCGUCGCAUCCUUGAUGAUGCUGAGUGGGAGCGCGCUACGGAGGCGGUACAAAUAGUCUAGAAAUUUGCUUCAAACUACUUUGGCCUCUUAUGAACUGAAAGACUUUAGUAUAGUUCUACUCUCGUAACAAGAUGCAAGAAUUGUUCUACUGGAAACCAUACGCAAAGAAUCCGCCAAAAACCUAAAAAGCAAAUUGGAAAACUCUACUAUUUUUGUAUGAAGAUUCUCAUUAGUAUUUUCCUAUCGGUAUACCAAAUUCCCCACACAGGCACUGGGGGAGUAUUUUGCUAUUCUGGUCGGACAACGCGAUGAGGCGAAGCUCGAACGCGCCCUCAAGCUGCAGCGUGGUGGCGCUUCGAAUCAAGAUCGUUCCUGGCGUGUUUUUGGUACGAUUGCUACGCAGCAGAAACUCACUCCCUCCGCGGAAGAGUGUUGCAAGGCUGUGCUGGGCAAGAAUGUGAUCGAGCCUUCCACAAUCGAGCCAGUCCGUGCGAAAGUCCCCACUCUCAGCGCUUACGUGGAUAUGCGUGCUGAGACCUACGAGAAGAUGGCUCGCGCCAUGGAGGCAGGACGGGCGAUGUACUACCAUGUGAAUAGUUGUUCAUGUGAUGUUGUAGCGUCUUUUCAUGUUUCAGGAGAGAAGUACUUGAGUGCAUCAGUUUCACGCUUUAACUGUACAGGAAAUUCAUGCUUUCUAUAUAACAAAAUCGUGACGAUUUCUAUCCUAGGACUUCGCAUUUUUCUACCUUAAGCUUCCUCUUCAACGUUUUCGUGUGUUUUCUUUUCCUUCCCCAUCAGUUUCAACUGCCGCGACUUCAUGAUCAAGAAUUGCACAGCCUCCGAGUUGUCCUGCGAUGUGCAGGAGAUGGCUGGCAUUUGCAACGACAAGGACAACGAGCAAAAAGAGGCGUUGGCGAAGUUGGUCAACGGUGA